GGAAGCAGAUGCUGAGGACUUGGAUGAGGACGGGCACCAAAUCUGCAUUGUCCAUUGCUAUUUCCCAGGUUGAGUUGCUGAAGCGGCUUCAUUGUCUGGGGACAUACCCAAGGUUCGUCAUCUCGUGACGAGAAGAUUAAGGACACAGACGCAAACACGGAGAGGGUUAAGAAGCGGAAAGUUUAACAGGCGGGGAAAGAAGAGAACAGCUCACCCGGAGAGAGCCGUCAGUGGUGUGCCAGAUAAGAAGCUAUGCACUGAAAAGAUGGAGAGGAGCAGGGAGAUUCUGCAUCUUAUCUUGCCUAGGUGGGGAGAUAAAAGAGUUGGAACACUGUCUUGAAUGGCUGGAAAAAGUCCUGAAUGGUCGAACUUCACUCCAUGAUUUUAAUACUUGACUCAGAGGGAAGAGGAAAAGUCUAUCAGAUCUUGAAGAGGUAUAGGAGUCAAAUAACUUAUCAAAGGUCACUGCUCAGUGGUAAAGCCAGGAUUUAGGCUGAGGCGGACUGGCUCCAGAAAGACCGCCUAAACCAUGACAAUAGCUCUGACGACAUUUAUUGAGUCCCCAGUAUGGGUUCAUCAUUGUUCUAGGCAGUAAUGACAUAUACAUAAAUAUUUGAAAAUGUUAUUUCAAUGAAGUCAAAUCUUUAUUCGGAUAGUUAGAAGGUUAAAUUUGUUUUACUUUAAAUGUAAAUGAAUCCACAUACAAUGAUUAUUUUAAAAAGCAAACGUCCAACAUUACAUCACAUAUCGGUGUUAACUGUGUCACUGAAAAUGUUCAGGUAAAAAUGAAAUGACCUCGAUGAAUUAGGAGAAAGUAAUUUUUAAUUAAAAAUAAACACUUGAAACAAAACACGUUUUUUGUUUCAAAAAGCAUGGGUCCGCAAUUCAGGUAUAUAAGAAUAAACUGCCAUUCUGACUUUAGUCUCUGGGCUCAUUUACAAAGAGACCCGGGGGACCUCCACGUCUUCGCAGAGGACCGGAUCCGCUGAUCUGCGGCGCCCUGGCUUGCGGGGAGCAAGCCAAGGCCAAGACUUUGGCCUCUCCAAUAAAACCUAGUGGCUCUUUGCAGGCCCAUAGCCUCAAAGACAAAAGAUAUUUUGGCUAGGCGAGCUUGUUCCUCCCGUCAGCACAGGAAGCAUUCACGUCUGGUCAUCACUCUAGCUUCAAAGACUCAGAAGUGAACGACUGGCUGGCUGUGAGCCGCAGGAGCCUGCGGGGAGACCAGUGUGGUCCCUACACUGUUGGGUAGCUAGCUGGAGGCAAGGCGCUUGUAUAAGAAACAGCCCACGGACCCUGUCCUGGGCAGGCAGAAUUCCGCGGAGAGGCUGUUGUUUCGCCUAAGCAGCACCGGCUGCGGAGACAGAAACCUACCUGACUAGUACGGUGUAUUAUAUGAGAACAUCCACUUAGCAUAGCAACGUCUACGGACAACUCCUGUAGCUCUUCUUCUGGAUUGUUUUCUGUUUCCAACCAUGUUUUCUUAUUUCCUACUAGUUUAUUUGCUUGGGAGCGAGCGUGGUCGUGGAAAACCCGUAACCACUAAAUUCAUCUGGGUCCCCACACACAGAGUGGGCUGGCCUCGAUAUUUAUGUGAGCGGCUAUGUAAAUGAGGAUUCGGAGAUUGCUCUAUUGAUUGGAGAGAGCUGGAGGAGGCGGUCUCUCUUCCAGAGCGCUAGUUGGGAGCGGAGCCUGCCUGUCAUUGGUCACCAGAGCCAAUGGAAAGGGGCUGCCGCGCGGCCGUAAAGAGUUUGUAGAGCAGUUCGGGUGCGGUACGUUGCAUUCCGGUACCGGACGCCGAGAGCGGUUUGUCUCCGUCUCUGGAAUUGUAGGCGAGAGGUGAUCAUGUCCGGUCGCGGAAAACAGGGCGGCAAAGUGCGAGCAAAGGCCAAAUCCCGCUCCUCCCGCGCGGGCCUGCAGUUCCCGGUGGGCCGAGUGCACAGACUGCUGCGCAAAGGGAACUACGCGGAGCGGGUGGGCGCCGGGGCGCCGGUGUACCUGGCGGCAGUGCUGGAGUACCUGACGGCGGAGAUCCUGGAGCUGGCUGGCAACGCCGCGCGUGACAACAAGAAGACCAGGAUAAUUCCCCGCCACCUGCAGCUCGCCAUCCGCAACGACGAGGAGUUAAACAAGCUGCUGGGUAAAGUGACCAUCGCUCAGGGCGGCGUCCUGCCCAACAUCCAGGCCGUGCUGCUGCCCAAGAAGACGGAGAGUCAGAAGGCGAAGAGCAAAUGACCCUGACGCCGCCCUCAGGGAGCUGGCUCCCCCAGCAAGGGCCCUUUUCAUGGUCGUCCCGCAAUGCUUUUGAAUGUGCUGGAUGUCAUGGAGGGCCGGGGACGUCUAGCGGGGAGGUGGGCGGCGAGGGGCCCGGCGGGAGCCAAUAAAGUUGGUGAAAAUCGUU